AUGUCUGCAUUGAGAACCGUUACAAGAACAGCCUCAAGAAAAUCCACGCUGUACCAUGCCAUUCGUGCCUACUCUACCAAGGAGUCGACUUUGAAGGAGAGAUUCGCUGAGCUUUUGCCAGAGAAGCAAGCUCAAGUGAAGGAGCUCAAGGCCAAAUACGGUAAAACUGUGAUUGGUGAGGUUUUGUUGGAACAGGCCUACGGUGGUAUGAGAGGUAUCAAGGGUCUGGUCUGGGAAGGCUCUGUUUUGGACCCCAUGGAAGGAAUUCGGUUCAGAGGAAGAACCAUUCCGGACAUCCAGAAAGAGCUCCCUAAGGCCGAGGGCGGUGAACAGCCACUUCCAGAGGCCCUUUUCUGGCUCCUGCUGACCGGCGAGGUCCCUACGGCAGCCCAGACCAAGGCUUUCUCGGAGGAACUCGCUGCCAGAUCGAAACUGCCAAAGCAUGUUGAAGAGAUCAUCGACAGAUCUCCAGCCACUUUGCACCCUAUGGCCCAGUUCUCCAUUGCUGUGACCGCUCUGGAGUCCGAAUCCCAGUUCGCCAAGGCAUACGCCGCAGGUGUCAACAAAAAAGAGUACUGGAAGUACACCUACGAAGACUCGAUUGAGCUCCUGGCAAAGCUGCCAGUCAUCGCCGCCAGAAUCUACAGAAACGUGUUCAAGGACGGUAAGGUCGCUGCUGUGGACUCCAGCCUGGACUACAGUGCCAACUUCGCCCACAUGCUCGGUUACGGCUCCAACCCAGAGUUCCUCGAGCUCAUGAGACUGUACUUGUCCAUCCACUCCGACCACGAGGGAGGUAACGUUUCUGCACACACCACGCACCUGGUUGGAUCCGCACUUUCCUCGCCGUUCCUUUCCCUGGCUGCCGGUUUGAACGGAUUAGCUGGCCCAUUGCACGGAAGAGCCAACCAGGAGGUGCUGGAGUGGCUCAAGGCUAUGCAAUCCGAGCUGAAGGGUGACAUCUCCAAGGAGAACAUUGAAAAGUACUUGUGGAACACCUUGAAUUCCGGCCGUGUGGUUCCGGGUUACGGCCACGCCGUUUUGAGAAAGACCGACCCAAGAUACACUGCCCAGAGAGAGUUUGCUCUGAAGCACAUGCCAGACUACGACCUGUUCAAGCUUGUCUCUAACAUCUACGAAGUCGCUCCAAAGGUGCUGACCGAGCACGGAAAGACCAAGAACCCAUGGCCAAACGUCGACUCUCACUCUGGUGUUCUUCUGCAAUACUACGGCUUCACCGAGGAGUCCUUCUACACCGUGCUGUUUGGUGUCUCCAGAGCCUUUGGUGUUCUGCCACAGCUCAUCAUCGACAGAGGUCUUGGAAUGCCAAUCGAGAGACCAAAGUCCUUCUCCACCGAGAAGUACAAGCAGCUGGUAGAGAGUAUCAACAAAGCAUGA